CCGACCUGCUGUGAAUGAUCUCAGGGGCUACCACUCGAGUCUGAAACCGGCCAUGUUUGCUGCCAGACCUUCUGCUUUCCGGGCAUUCUGCCAGCAAUGUCCUCGGAGUGCCUUCUCUCCCAACCACCAGAUCUCUAGUCCAGUAUGGCGGUUCUUCUCGUACAGUGCUCCUCGCGCAAAGGCUGCCGUCAAGGCCAAGAAGCCCGUCGCGCAGCCUAAGGUCCAGCAACCGGCCGAAGAUACCUUGAAAUUCGCGGGCAGACGGCAGGGGGGCUUUGGCAGGUUAACACAAAAAGUCGCACAUGAGCCUUCGGGAGAGCUGUUGCUUUUCAAGGCACCCUCGCAGCGCAGCUACAUUCUAGGUGCUUACGGUAUCACCGUCUUUUGCUUUGCUUACUCGGUGUAUAAUUCUAAUAUCACCUUCCGCGACCCCAUCGUACCUCUCCCCAUGUGGCAGAAGGUCACGUUUGGUGGUAUCUGUGUCAUGAUGAGCGUCAUGGGCACCGUAUUCAUGUCCAAGACCAACAAACUGAUUAGGGCUGUCAAAGCCGUCAACAAGAAUGGCGCGACCUAUAUUCGCUUCACCGUCCGCAGCAUCAUCCCAUUCCGCAAACCCUAUGAAUUCGACGCUCUACCUCACCAGAUUGCCUUUGCGCGGCGCUUGGUGAUGUCACCUGAUGCUGCUGGUAGGAAGGGCACAAUCCAGCAGAGCUCACAAGUGAGUUUCUUCAGGGAACCCGGCAAGAAGAUGAGUAUGAUUUUCUACAAGCUGUUCCGCUCUGUUCGCCAGUUGUUCACCGGCGAGGACUUUAUCCUUGUGGAAGUGGAUGGCCAGAAGGGUGAAUUCCGCAUGGAUUCCGCUGGGUUCGUCUCGCCGGACUUUUUGGUCAUUGGUAACCCUGUGACUAUAAGACGCUAGAUGUGAAGUCUCAGUUUGCUACGAUAUCCCUCUUCUGAUGUCUGAUUACUUUGGAAACCUGUUCAUCACUUGUGUACCACUAUCUUGGGGGCUAAUGUUCCUCUUGCAGCAUUACUUCUUAGCCCUGCUGCUGCUUCUCAGUUGCCAUGUACAUAU